AUGUCCGCCUUAGACUACGCCACUUUAAUCUUACACGACGCCAAAUUAGCAAUCACUGCUGAUAACCUCGUUGCCUUAUGCAAUGCCGCUGGUGUCAAAGUUGAAAAAUUCAAAGCUGAUUUAUAUGCUAGCACCUUAGAAAAGAAGAAGGUUGAUUCAAUCUUAUCCGUCAGUGCUGCUGCUGCUGCCCCAGCUGCCGCUGCUGCUCCAGUUGCUGCCGCCGCCGCCGCUCCAGCCAAGAAAGUCGUCGAAGAAAAGAAAGAAGAAUCAGAUGACGAUAUGGGUAUGGGUCUCUUCGAUUAA